AUGUUAAUUAACCAAAUAAUUGUCAAACUUCAAACUUCCACGCAAGCUACGACAUCCAACAGUGCGAUCGCUGUACAGCAAUACGCAGCAACGUACCUUAUUUUGAAAACUUUGUUGCCCGUGAUUGGCCAAAAUCGGCUGCUGGCUGUUCAUCUGCUCCUCCCUCUGCUGUUUGUUCUCCAGACUGUUUCUCAGCAGGCUAAGCACUCGUUUAUCAGCGCCGGUAUUGCUCGGCGGCUCGGUGGCUUGUCCGCCGGAAGUGGCUCCCGAAGGCAGCCCGGGGCCGGCCGUUUUCUGGCUCUGUCUGUAACUCGGCUGCUGGAGCUGGUUGUGCCGUUGUCCACCGACGACGGUCUGACGUUGUUGAGAUAUCGGCUGGUUUCCUGGUCGUUGUUGCCGCCGCUGCCUCCGCUGUUACCAAUGUUAGCGGUGCUCGCGUUGCCGCUCGGAGUCGAUUGCGACGGUAUCGGUAAUGGCGGUGGUGCUUGCAAUACAGAUGGUGCCGGUGACGAGGGAGCCACGGACGAGGCAGUGCCAUGGUCGUGCGACGACGAUACGGUCGAGGCGGAACUCGUUGAUGUCGCGAGACUGUGCUCCGCUGACGCGGCCGCACUACCUGUACUCGGUACCGGCAGUCCCUGGAAGUACUGGCGAGCCCCCUCUAAUACGUUCGUGAAGCUCACAUCCAUGUCACGCCGACUGCUGAAUAGAACUCCGCAGGAAGGAAAGGUGUUUCGCAAUUUAUACGAAUCUCCUAGGGCAUUUGUAGUUAAAGAUCAUCGCGCGAACCACAACGAGACGCCGCAGAUUAACGAAAACUCCGGUUCACACGAUGCUGUCGACUGCCAGAGAACCAGGGAACCAGGCCGAAACAUUAAUCUUCAUUGUCUU